AACGAUUCGGGCCAGUUGCUGAGAUCCCCGUUUGGCUUACUUUGCUGUGCUCCGUUGUGGCCCCCUGGUCCGCCGCAUUGAAGAGGCUUCGUUUCGCGAGAUUGGGUAAUUCAACUCUCGCCUUCGUGACACGGACAAGCCCGGAUUAGAUCUCUCUCUCUCUCUCUCCCGUCUUGGCUCCACAGAGGUCGUUGACUAGCUAGGCUGUCCUGGACCGAGACAGCUAACCGAAGGUUUCGGCUGGAGUUGCGGUGGCGGGCAUCUACGUUCCCAACUCGGAAAAGAUCUGGAAAAAGGGCUACACAGAGUUUUGAACAAAAAGAAAAGAAAAAAACGCACAGCGGCUCUCAUAGCUUUCGACGGGCUGGUCCGGUCUCGCUCGAACGAUCCCAUGGUUGACUCGAAAACGAAAGCUGACACGACACGAUGAUUUACAUACAGAUGCUCUUCUUCAUUGACAUUCCUCCUCCCCCCCCUUCACUGCAAUUCAGCUCCUCUCUCCUUUUUUGGGGCUCCUCGGCCGGCAAUCCUAUUGGACGCCUCUCUCUCUCGCAUGCCCAUGAACACACGUCUGGACCUCUCAGCAGAGGAGGGUGUGCGAAACCCAAGCGAGCCCACGCAAGGCCCACGGGACAAUCCUGUGAUCUCCAACCUCCGCGACGAUCAGCUGGGGUUCGCCUGCACCGCCAGCACCAAGCCGCUCUUGACUGGACGCGGCCCAAAGAGGAUGGGGGGGAGGGGGAACCGCCACGCGGAGAGGCGCACCCUCGAGGAACCGUAACGCCAGUUGGGAGUGGCGUCUGUGAACCUGGAAUCUGUUGUCCCUAUCGCGCUAGCUUGAAUUGGCCCCUGUUGAUGUUGACGUUGAUGGGCAACAUUCGUCAACCGGCCACUUUACUAUAUGUGAGUUGGUGGUAUUCACGUAGUAUUAUUCAUCAAGCUCUUCGCAAUCAUCGGGCUGAGGGUUGCAUUGCUAUGUUCGUGGCCUCCCCCCCCCCGGUUGUCCUUGUCGUUGUCGCUGCCUUGGCUACCUAUCCUUUUCCCCGUCUUUCCGUGCCGGUCGAGUCGAGAGAGCUGGCAAGGCCGAUCCCCCCCUUGACUAUUACCCCCCCCCCGUCGAGAAGGCCAGGGGGGGAGGGAAGAAGAUGGUCACUAAGGCGCUGUCACUCGCUAGCGGUUUUCUUAUUAUCCCGCCAUCCGGCUCCAAAUCUCUUUUGGCGCCUCCGGGCGUCAUCAUGGCCUGACCGACCUAGGCCGUUGCGUUGACAUCUCUGCCGCGGACCAUCGUCGUUUGCCAUGCUUCCUUCGGCUCGAUGGAUACAUACAUACAUAGUUCACAGACACGCGCGCAAGAAUAUGGCAAGCCACGCUCGCGAGCCCCCAGCUGACACUCGCAGGGCCCCCCUCGAUCCCUGGUCCAACGUCGCCUUGGUGGAUAACCCGUUCCGGUUGACGACCGACCUAGUCGUCUCUUCCGACACAAGGAAGAGCCUUGCCCUCACUUACAGCUUUCCAUCGGCAGUGCCCCGAUCUGGUAUGCUUCCCAGUUCGAUAUUGCUACAUGUUUUUUGUUUUGUUUUGUUUCUCUUAAAGGUCACAACCGGGCUCUGCCGGGGGGGGGA